AUUGCGUUCACUGUAAUUUGUCUUCCGCGUUGCAUCAGCGUGUUUAUGCUCUCUGUGGUUCAAAUGCUGCAAUGCGUUUGCGAAUAAAUUCACUCGGUCUGUCAUCGAUCCGGACUAAUUAAAUAAAGGUUUAUUCAUCAAAUGCGUAACGCACAGAAUGCAACCGAUCGCCUGUCGCGAGCAUGCAGAAAUAUAAACAUUUUACUUAAAGUUUUAAAGUCACGCAGAGACGAUCAAAUAAAUGCACAUCGCGUGUUAUGCACGCACCGGUGUCAAUAAAAAUCAAGUUGUUAAUUAUUGCUUUUAAAUAAGAACAUGCAUAAAAAAGCUGGUGCAGUUGAAGAGGAACCACGUGAGAAUGAGGGACAGUUACAAAAGCACCGACGCAGAUCAAAAACACAUACAACCUUGACUGGGCACGACAGUGUUAUGCAAUUACUUAACAGAAACUAUAAUAGGCUAUAAUGUCAUGAACGUUUAGAAUGACUAGACGGGACGAUGCAUUUCGCAGACUUCUUUGCAGGAUCAUUCGGAGGUACAGAGCGUGUGGUGUGGCGGUCGGUUAUCCACUGGAUACUGUCAAAGUCAGAAUCCAAACUCAGAAACAGUUCACUGGAAUCUGGCACUGCAUCGUAUCCACCAUCAAAAAAGAAGGGGUCCAUGGCUUCUUUAAGGGAAUGGCUUUGCCGGUCACUACUAUAUCCAUGACGUCCUCUGUGGUGUUUGGCACGUACCGGAACUGUCUGCAGUGUUUGGCUCAGAUCCGCGGGAUCGGCGCUCCCAACACCAAGCUCGAUGUGUUUCUGUCAGGGCUGGCGGGUGGAGUGGCACAGAUCUCUGUAAUGUCACCGGGCGACUUCGUGAAGGUUCGUCUUCAGUGUCAGACGGAGAGCAAGAGAAGCGGACUCAAACCCAAAUACAGCGGGCCGAUCCACUGUCUGCUGAGCGUCGCCAGAGACGAGGGUGUUUUAGGCCUUUACAGAGGAGCUCUGCCUCUGGCUUUGAGAGACGGGCCGUCAUUCGCCACCUACUUCUUAACCUACAGCUCUCUGUGUUCACUGCUCACACCUGCGGGACAGAAAGAGCCAGAGUGGACGGCGGUGCUGUUGUCCGGUGGGUUGGCAGGAAUGGCCGGCUGGUCCGUCGGGACACCUAUGGACGUGAUCAAAGCUCGUCUGCAGAUGGACGGAGUCCGAGGAGAGAGGAGAUACCGAGGACUGCUUCACUGCGUGGCUGAGACCGUACUGAACGAAGGACCGGGGAUUUUCUUCAGAAGCCUGGGAAUAAACUGUCUGCGAGCGUUUCCCGUCAACAUGGUGGUGUUCGCCGUGUACGAGGUUUCUGUCCGGGUUCUCAGACAUACUGGGAGAAAACUGCUUCAAAACCCAAUGGUCUUCAGCUGCCUGUGAUCUGCAGGUGACGGGCUCCAUCUAGUGGCAGCAGCAGGAAACACAGCUGUCCGUCUUCAUUACAUCUUUAAGCCGUCACAUGAAAAGUUUUGAUGUUCUUUACUGGUGUUUGUGUGAAACAGACCUACUUUAUUAAAGCACUAAUAAUUGCUGGUGAAAGUAGCUUUUGUUGAGCUGAGGGCAGGAAUCAGACAGAACAUCUAAAUCUCCAGAGCUAAGCCCAUCAAAAUCCCAGCCAAUAAACAGAAGCCAAUUAGAGCAUUCUGCAGGCACUUUUGAGAAAUAUUUGUAAAAUACAUUAUUUCUAAAAUAUAUUUAUAAAAACAUAUUUGUGCUCAUAAGUGUUAUUUGUUAUCAUUCGUUUUUCAAUUUUAGUUAAUUUUGUCCAUUUUGAACACCAAAAGGUUUUUGUCAUUUUUAGUAGUUUUUGGGUUUUUAUGUACACACACACA